AUGGCGGACGCAUCCGCUUCGCCGGCCGCGCCGCAUCAGCCGCCCUAUACAUACACUGCCAACCAGGGCUACGGCGCGCAAAUACACGACGUGCCUCCCGAAGUUCGCAUGCCCCGGGGCGCCCCUCACCCAGACUCGCACCAGGUCGACGACGACCAGGAUGACGAUCUGGACGGCAUCUUCGACGACGAGGACGAUGGCGACCUGGACGAGGAGGAGUGGUCCUCCAGCGCCGCCGACCUUACAAAGUCGUACAACCGCCAGCGGCAGCUCCACGACACCAGCAGCAGCAGCAGCGGAGGCGGCGUCGCCGUGCCCCGGUCGAACCAGCAGAAGCCCAAGGCCAACACUCUGGCCAGCAUCGACGACCAGGUCUCGGCCCUCUCCAAGCACGCCGCCAAGAUCCGCCUCGACUCGGUCAAGCGCGACGACGACAGGGACAAGGACAAGGCCGACAGGGCGACGAGCGAGCAGGUCCUGGACCAGCGCACGCGCAUGAUUCUGCUGCAAAUGAUCAACCGCGGCUACGUCAGCGAGGUCCACGGCGCCAUCAGCACCGGCAAGGAGGCCAACGUCUACGGCGCCGUGCUGCACGACCAUGGCACUGGCGAGACGACACCCAGGGCCAUCAAGGUCUACAAGACGGCCAUUCUCGUCUUCAAGGACCGCGAGAGGUACAUUACCGGCGAGCACCGCUUCAAGGGCGGCUUCGACAAGGGAAACAACCGCAAGAUGGUCAAGCUGUGGGCGGAAAAGGAGUACCGAAACCUGCGCCGAAUUUACAACGCCGGCAUCCCCUGCCCCGAGCCCAUCAGCCUCAAGCUGCACGUGCUCGUCAUGGGCUUCCUCGGAGACCGAAAAGGCUGGGCGUAUCCCAAGCUCCGCGACGCCGUCAUCGAGGGCGACGACGCCGACGAGCGGUGGCGGGGCCUCUACGCCCAGCUCGCCGCCGCCAUGCGCAAGAUGUACCAGGUCUGCCGGCUGGUCCACGCCGACCUGAGCGAGUACAACAUUCUCUACCACGCCGGCAAGCUCUACAUCAUCGACGUGUCACAGAGCGUCGAGCCGGAUCACCCGCGCUCUCUCGAGUUCCUGCGAAUGGACAUUAAGAACGUUGGCGACUUUUUCCGGCGCAAGGGCGUCGACACGCUGCCCGACCGUGCCGUCUUUGACUUCAUCACGGCCCCGGCCGGCCCCGUCGAGGAGCCCGCCAUGCCCGAGGCCUUUGAGCGCCUUUACGACACGCGGCACUCUGCGGCGGCGGGCGACGAGCAGGAGGCUGCAGAGUUUGAGGUGGACAACGAGGUCUUUCGCAACCAGUACAUCCCGCAGACGCUGGAGCAGGUCUACGACAUGGAAAAAGAUGCUCAGAAACUGACGAGGGGGGAGGGAGACGACCUCGUGUACAAGAACCUUUUGGCCGAUCAAGUCGUCGCCACCCCAAGCCGCCAGGAGAACGACUCGGGCUCCGACUCUGGUGCCGCCCUUUCUGGCGACGGCGACGACGAUGACAGCCGUUUCGAAAAGGGCCAGCCGAGGGGGCGCCGCUUCGAAGACAAGGAGGAGAAGAAGCAACACAAGCAAGCAGUCAAGGAGGCCAAGCGCGAGAAGCGCAAGGAAAAGAUGCCCAAGCACGUUAAGAAGAAGAUUGUGUCGAGCACAUCGCGGCGGAAGAAGUAG